CGAUCUUUAUACUUACUGGUCACACUACGCCAAAUAAAGGAAACGUGAUUUUUUUAAUUUUGUAAAAGCAAUUUAGCUAUUUUGCUUAACUAAAAUGGAAAUGAUGCAAGGAGCAUCGCUGCUGUCGCGGCCAGCAGAUGAAUUCGGCAACGACUCGCUGGUGGAGGAAAUGUGGGCCUCCAAAGCUCUGGAGCAUGCCGAGGUUCACUUUAAUCUGAUCACCAGUGUCCAUCCCUCCCUGCUGAAACUCACACCCUACGACGACCAGAUAUAUGCCACCUUCCGGCAGGAUUUCCCCGAUCUUGAGGUGGGCCGGCUCUCCGAUGACAUCCUGAAAUCCGCCGUGGAGAAGCUCAAGUGGCGGCAGUUCGCCGAGAAGUUCAACAAGAUGGACGAUUACUCGUACGGCACCCUGAUGCGCGCCGAUGCCAGCAAGGAAUUCUCCCCGGACAACUCCAUCUUCGUGUUCCGCGUCCAGUUUUUGGCCAUCGAGAUUGCCCGGAAUCGGGAGGGACUCAACGACGAGGUUCACAAGAAGCACAAGCCAGCCAGAAAGAUCCCGGAGGAGGCCCAGUGAUCCCCCACCUCACUUUAGAUUAAGUCGUAAAGGUUUAAUGCAUUUUAGAUGGUGUUCGUCUAGCUACUAUUGUAAACAAUCAAAAUAUUUUUCUAAAAAAUAUAAAGCCUGAUUCUAA